CCAGAGGCCAUAUUGGAAUCUAUGAAGUCGGCUUGCACUUUGAUGGGACUGAGUGUCUCUCGUUUUGGGAGUCUCUGAAUCGCUAUUCCGGAUAUAUACCUGAGUUAUUGCACAAGUUAUUCCGCUUGAGACUCUGCCAAGUCUAGACGGCAAGUUGUCUCGCCUCUUUCGUGGGAAAAAAUGAGUCCAACCGAUGCUAAACGGGGGGCUAAACGCAGGAAGAACAAGCGGGGCGGUGGCAGUAGCUGCAGUGCUGUCUGCAAUACCAGUGGCAAGGCCGGGGUUGCUCCGGCCCUAGGCUGUACGGGAACAUCAACACCUGCCUCUGUCGUCAGCUUUUUAACAUCUGGGAGUACAGGCAGCGGAAGUGUAGGGUCAGUCACUGGCAUGAACGGAGAGGUCAAACUGAACAACAGCGUUACUCCACAGUUCACAGAAGGACCAGUGAACGCUGACUUCUCGGGAGUCCUUCAGACUCCGUUCACGUUCGGACUGAACCAGCGGGCACCCUACACAGCCGGUGAUCGUUGCCUGUUGUGUCGAUGUGAGCGUAAAGACAGUGUUGUGCCUUCAGAGGCAGGCAUUACAGGCCAGAACGGAACGGCACAGCCCGCCAACACACCCAGUGCCCUUCAGCUGCCCCUGUGGGUAUGCUCAGACUGCAGACGCACGGUGGAGAAAGAGGACCGACGUACGACUCUGGAGCAGUCUUUAGGGAGUCAGGACUUUCUUUUGCACAUGCCUGGGGGGAAUGGAAACAUGGGCCUGGAAGCAGCCACAGCAGACAGACUGACCACUGCCGCGCCUACACUACCCAUGCUCCCUGCUCCAGACUUCACCACGCCAAUGCCUUCUGAUACAGUCUGCAGCUGUGAAGCCUGCAAUGAGAGACGGGAGAUCUCUGCGGAGUCGGAGAGGGAGUCACAGCAACUGCAGAACCACUGGUCGGAGGUUCGCUAUUUGGUGCGCUGCAUCUACCGGCAGACGGGAACGCCACUCGCGGAUGACCAUGACCAACCGCUUGAGAGAGACAAAGACGGCAUGAAGGAGCUGGUGGACAGGCUCUGCAUUAAAGAUCCAUAUCAGCUCUACCAGCGCCUGGAGCAGCAGGCUCGAGAGUACGUCUUAGAGGUGAAAGUGCGGCUCCUGAAGCACCUUUCCACCGGCUCAAAGAACCCAGGUCCUAUAGCUGCAGCCCAGGGCCCUCCUCAGGCCCACCAGUUCAUCUCUCUGCUGCUGGAGGAAUACAACGCCCUCUGCCAGGCCGCACGCACCAUCAGCAGCUUCCUGCUCACACUGGAGAAUGAGCACCUCCAGAAAUUCCAGGUGACGUGGGAGCUGCACAACAAGCACCUUUUUGAGAAUCUGGUUUUCUCCGAACCGAUUUUACACAGCAGUUUACCAGCACUGAUUGCACAGCUGAAGCAUGGCACAGCAUCUCAUGAUUCAUACAAUGAAGAUAUGUACCGGACCUUGUUGGAGAGCUACCAGAAGCUGCAGCAGGAGAUGGCUUCUGUUGCUGCUCAGUGGCAGGAGUGUGAGAAGAGGAUUGAUGACUAUGUAGAUGAGCAGUUGCUUUUUAAAGUGGAGGGUCAGAGUCUCACAAACCAAAGAACAGAGCCACAUAAGUCCUUGAUUAGCAAAACUACUUUAAAGACAAAGCAGCGAAUGCUGAAGGAGGACUGGGAAUUCUUUAAACAGAGAAGGUUUAUUGAAGAGCAAUUACCCAGCAGUAAGAAGUCACCCACCGGAGACAACAACUUCACAGACACUAUGAGAAUGCUUUCAUCUCGUCUUAGUAUCCCAGACUGUCCAAACUGUAAUUACAGAAGAAGAUGCACAUGUGACGACUGCAGCAUCUCCCACAUUUUAACAUGCGGCAUCAUGGACCCGCCCAUCGCUGAGGACCUCCACAUCAAGCUGCCCCUGCAGGGCGAGUCACCUCGGGACUACCUGGCAGAGGUGCACCCUCCCAGUCUCUCGUCUGGCAGUUCAGCAUCCGGCUCCAACUCCAGCUCUCCCAUCACCAUUCAGCAGCAUCCAAGGCUCCAUCCGCCCGAGGGCGAUGCCACCACUUUCAUUAGUGACGAUGAUGACGUUCCUCCUUUGACCAGUAAAUUCGGGGACAUCUACCCUCUGAACAGCUACGAGGACAACGGCGUGGUGGCAGCCGCUGUAAACGGCCUUCAUAAUAACAUCAACGGGGAGGGUGAAAACAUGGCGUUAAAAGCCGGGAUUACCAGCAGCAGCAGUUCAUCAGAGGGCGAUGAGGAGGAAACUAAUGUUGAGGCUACUGGGUCGCCCCCAGGGCAGCGGGGAGAGCUUUCCCCAGGAAAGAUGAACAGUCCUCCUCCAUCUUACAACCACCAACAGGUAGAACAAGUCCAGCAUGCCUGCGAGUGCCAUGUGUGCAACCAGGACCCCAAUUCCUCCACCCUGGGCCCUGCCACAUGUUUGCCCCCCAGUCGGCUCCACGCUGUGCCUCCCCCCACUGUGGGACACCAGCUCUUUACAGACAGCAAGACCCCCCCUGCACACCCUGCCCUUCACUUAUACCCACACAUCCACGGCCACCUACCCCUACACAAUUUCCCCCGGCCCUUGCUCCACCCCACACUCUACCCACCCAGUCCUCCUCUGACGCACAGCAAGCCCAUGCCCCCAAAUCCUACAGCAAACCACUCAGCAGCCAAGCAGCCAGCCUUUGGCUCAUCAUUACCAGAGCACGUAUACCCAAACUGCUUUGGUGGAACGGGGGGAGCAGGGGACUGGAAUAGCUCGGUACAAUGCCUCUCCUUCAAGUUUGAGAAUCUGUGGGAUGCUGCUGUGAUGAAGAGCUGGAAUCCAUCAGUGCUGUUGCCUGAAUGCCUGCCAGGUGAUAUGCUUGGAUCACCCCUAGCUGAUGUGCCCCUCCCACCCACAUCUUCUAUCGGCCCCCAAGGGGAGCAUCUCUCUCUGUCCACAGCUCAAACCCCUUCGUCCUCAUCGUCACUGUCAUCAUCUUUAUCAUCAUCGUCGUCAUCAUCUUGUUCCUCUUCAGAAGCCAAAGAGCCGAAGAAGACUGGCGCCAAGAAGAAGUGUCUUUACAAUUUCCAGGAUGCCUUCAUGGAAACCAACCGAGUAGUGAUGGCCACCUCUGCCUCCACUUCCUCUGUGUCCUGCACUGCAACCACUGUCCAGUCAAGUAAUAACCCACCCAUCCACCUAGCAUCCAAAAGACCCAACUCUAUAGAUGAUGUAUUUCACAGUCUAGGUAAAGAGGACCACAGGCUACCCUCCUCAGCCACGCAUAGAAACACGGGACUGACUUCUCUCCCCCCACUCUCGGGCCCCACCCUACCCCCAGCACCCACAGCACACCUUCCCACAAUGAGCCCAAAGAUGGCGACCCAGGCUCCAGACUUCGUAGAGUCCCAACAGGGUUUGUGUCUCCCACUUGCGGAACCUCAAGCACCUUCCAUGGACGCCCCCGUCAGCGCCCCACCCAGUGUCUGCAGUGACCCUGACUGUGAAGGCCAUCGCUGUGAAGGUAACGGGUCAUACGACCAUCAACCGUAUGACGGAGAGGAGAGUCAGGACGAGGACAGCUGUUCUGAGCACAGCUCCUCCACCUCCACUUCAACCAACCAGAAGGAGGGAAAGUACUGUGACUGCUGCUACUGCGAGUUCUUUGGGCAUGGAGGGCCGCCGGCUGCUCCUACCAGUCGAAAUUAUGCAGAAAUGCGGGAGAAGCUGCGGCUGCGUCUGACAAAGCGGAAAGAGGAACAGCCCAAGCGCGAGGAGCAGCAGCCCAUCAUAGAAAAAGAUGGAGGGGUGGAGGACCACAGGCGGGUGGAGGACCUGCUACAGUAUAUCAACAGUCCUGACAAUAAACCUACUUCCAGUUCUAAGGCGGCAAAGCGAGCCAGGCAUAAGCAGAAGAAGAUGGAGGAGAAGGCCCGUCUGGAAGCUGAGGCCCGUGAAAGGGAGGAGCAGCAGUUGUUGGAAGAGCAACAGCGACGGCAGCGGCAGGAAGAGGAAGAGGCGGCACUUCAAAAGGAACUGCUGCGGCUGCAAGAGCUGCAGCAACACCGCGCUGCCAAGAAGAAAAAGAAAGAGAAAACCAAGGAAAAUACUGCUCCCCCUCAAAAUAACCCACAACCCCUCAAACAGACAGCUCAGAACGUCCUAGACAACCUUCAGAGUGGAAAGUCACAACUGCUUCAAACCCUCAUCCGCCUCCCUGACCAGAAAGAACCCCGAUUUGACCCCCUAUAUCUGCCAAACUCACAGCACAGCACUAAACGUCCUGCUGAAAAGGGGCUUUCUAAUGAGACCAACAUCCCAAACUCCCCAGUUUCCCUCCACAACGGCACAUCCCCACUUGAAGUCAGCAGUAAGGUAAAGGCUAAGCAGCCUGUGAAGGUGGUGUCUUGUGAGGCUGCUGUAAAGCGAGCUCUGGAGUUGCACAAGUGCUCUGACGAGACUGCAAAGCUAACUAAUGGCACCAGUCCGACCACUACAACAGACACCAAAGCAAUGCGCAUCAGGCCUGCCGAGGCGCUCGUCUCCCUACUGACCACUGAACCACAAAGGGAGGAGAGAAGUAAUAACAGAAGUGCUAGUGGAAAAAGGCAGCAACCUCUUACCCAAAUAAAAGAAGGCAGGACGAGUCCCCCUGCUUCAAACUGCUCCCCCUCUCCCCCUCCAACCUCCCAGUCUGAGCAAACCCACCAGAACGGGAAGCUCCCCAGUGCAGAGUCACCACAGCCCAAAGGCAAGACCAAGAAGAGCAAGAAGAAGAAGGGGGACAAGAUGAACACCUCAAUAGAUGAUGUCUUCUUACCCAAAGACAUUGAUCUGGAUAGCACUGAAAUGGAUGAGACAGAGAGGGAGGUGGAAUAUUUCAAAAGAUUUUGCUUGGACUCUGCCCGGCAGAACCGUCAAAGGCUCUCCAUCAACUGGUCAAACUUUAGCUUGAAGAAAGCCACAUUUGCUGCACACUGAGUGUUGGUAACUGUCAGGACACGAAGCAGUACUUUAACAGCUAUUCAAACCCACCCUCCCACCCAGACUCCAUCCCUACCCUCUUUGCCUCUAGCCACUUGUCCACCCAGAACUUCUCUCCUGCUGUGCCCAAACACACCCACGCUGCCUUGCUUUGUUCUUGUCCCUGUGUGUGGUUACAACACAGAUCCAUCUGGACUUAUCUACCUACAAAAACAAAAUGAAAUGACUCAAAAAGAAUCACAAAAUGCUAAUUUUCAUCUGAUUAAUUUUCCUUGCGUGCUUGUGUGCUUUUAGUCUGAGAUGAGCGUUUCUUUUGACUGAAUAAGCCUUGGUCUGAAAAUACUUUCUCACGCAGGCUUAACAGUGUUCAAAAGAUACUAAUUAUGUCUGGAAGGUUUCCUUCUCAAAAAAUAAAUAAAAAAGAAUAAAUAAAAAAAGCGACAAUGGAACUACAAAGAAUUGAGAUGUAAUGAAUUAAAAGCUGUAUUUCAGAUGUUGUGACUUACUAUCCCGUCGUUCCUAGCACAGCAUCUCAUCCACACAAUUGACAAGGGAAUGGGCUCGGUUAGCUGGUUUCCACUUCCUCCUGCCCCCACCACCUCCACCUUACUUCACAGAAAGGAGGAAGCUGUAAUACUUGACAAUAUUUUUAUUUUCCUUUUUCUUUUUUUUGGGGUUCUGUUUAACAAACUGUUGAGUAAAAGUGUAUCAGUUACAGAUUUUGUUUCUUU